AUUCUUGACUUUUCUUUCUUACUUUGUUUCUGUUCGAAUUUGAGUUUGAGAACCCUUGUUCAUUGUUCCUCGCCACAAUUACAGAGAGUGAAAGAAGAAGGAAUUUUGAUGAUAAACUGAUAUUAUUGUAUCAUAAAUUGGAAUUUUGAUUUUGAUUGUUGAAAGAAGAAUGGGAGGUUCAUCGGAGACGAAGUUCCUGCAAGACCUGUUGUUGUACGCUGCGAGCGCGGCGUUGAGUUGCUUGGUGUUGUUCGCGGGACUCAGACACCUCGAUCCUAAUCGCGAAGCUUCCAAGAAGGUUCUUGAGCACAAGAAAGAGAUUGCAAAGCGUCUCGGUCGCCCCCUCAUUCAGACUAACCCUUAUGAGGAUGUUAUAGCCUGUGAUGUUAUAAAUCCUGACCACAUUGAUGUGGAGUUCAAUUCUAUUGGGGGACUGGAAACAAUCAAGCAAGCUUUGUUUGAGCUUGUUAUUCUGCCUCUAAAAAGACCAGAUUUGUUUUCACAUGGUAAGCUUCUUGGACCACAAAAGGGGGUUCUGUUGUAUGGACCCCCUGGCACUGGAAAAACCAUGCUUGCCAAAGCUAUUGCUAAGGAGUCGGGAGCAGUUUUUAUCAAUGUGAGGAUAUCAAACCUUAUGAGCAAGUGGUUUGGAGAUGCCCAAAAGCUUGUGGCUGCUGUAUUUAGCCUGGCUUAUAAGCUUCAGCCUGCCAUCAUUUUCAUUGAUGAAGUAGACAGUUUUUUGGGUCAACGCCGUACAACAGAUCAUGAGGCUUUGUUAAACAUGAAAACUGAGUUCAUGGCUCUGUGGGACGGGUUUACUACAGAUCAGAAUGCUCGAGUUAUGGUUCUUGCAGCGACAAACCGUCCUUCAGAACUUGAUGAAGCAAUACUACGGCGUCUUCCUCAAGCCUUUGAAAUCGGAAUUCCCGACCAAAGGGAGAGGACUGAAAUAUUGAAGGUUAUCUUAAAGGGUGAGAGGGUUGAAGACAACAUAGAGUUUGGUCAUAUAGCGGACUUGUGUGAGGGUUACACUGGUUCAGAUCUAUUUGAUCUUUGCAAGAAAGCUGCCUAUUUUCCUAUUAGAGAACUACUGGAUGAAGAGAAGAAAGGAAAACGAUCUCCUGCACCUAGACCUUUGUCCCAGUUAGAUUUGGAGAAGGCCCUUGCCACUUCACAGAAGACAAAGGUUGCUGCAAGUGAAUACGCUGGAUUCAGCCUUCAGUCACCUUCAAGAUGGUCGGUGCCUGGUGAGUCAGGUGUCAGAUCCGUCAACAUUGUAUAAUAAACCAAACAUACAAAAGAAGGGAUUAAAAAAUUCCCAUCUGGCCCGAGCAGUUAGGUGGACUCAAGACUAAGCUUAAGACUGAUCAGGACGGUGCAGUGCGUAUCAAGUUGUUGCCAACAGCCAUCAAUUAUUGAGACCUCGGAGAAAUAACUGGCAUUGGAGUGGGUUCAGCAGGGUUAUAAUUUUAAGCAGUGGGUCACUUAUCAUCGUUGUGCUUUUGUUGUCUUUCUGGUCCACCCGCAUAUGCUGAUGAUUAAUUCAAACCCUUGAAAGUUGCGAGUUCUUCCCAUCACAUUCAUUCAUUGUGUAGUCAGGACCACAAAUUUGUACUUUUUUUUUUCCCUCUCAAACAUGGUUUCUACAGUGUAGACAGGACCACUACGUGGGGGGCGUAUCUCCCUCACUUUGUUCCGGCUGAUGCCUGCCUCGUGCUUCCAUCAUUACACAACCACUUUUUAUGUUUGAGGGGAAAAGCUAAAGCCAAACAUCCAAUAAAUGUAAUGUAACAGAGUAAUAAAAUAUAGUACACAAUUCAUCGCCA